UUGUUCGUUGCAUUCAGUUCCAACGGAGACAGUUUCUGUGGCGAAGCCGAUCAUAGAGGAGCUAUCAGAAUAUGCUGAUCUCAGUGAAAGCUUUGCUGAUGCUGCUGCUGCUGCAGUUUAUUGGCCCGGCGUUGAGUCAGCCCUAUCCCAACUAUCAUGCGGACUUUGUGGACAUCGAUCACCGUAGAACUGAGCCCAAGUGGUGGCAAGCCGGCGCCUUUUAUCAAAUCUAUCCAAGGUCAUUUAAGGACAGCAAUGGCGACGGCGUGGGCGAUCUGAAUGGCAUUGCGGAUCGUCUGCCAUAUCUGAAGGAAUUGGGCAUUACGGCCACUUGGCUAUCGCCCAUUUUUAACUCGCCCAUGGCGGACUUUGGCUACGACAUUGCCAACUUCACCGAAAUAGCGCCUAUCUUUGGCACUAUGUCCGACUUCGAGCGACUCAUGAAGACCGCCAAGCAACUGGAUAUGAAAAUCAUUUUGGACUUUGUGCCCAAUCAUUCGAGCGAUGAGUGCGACUGGUUUAAGCGAUCGGCGGCAGGCGAGGUGGAGUACAAGGAUUUCUAUGUUUGGCAUGCCGGGCGUAUGGUUAACGGCACUCGCCAACCGCCUAGCAACUGGUUGAGCGUGUUCCGCGGCUCCGCCUGGGAGUGGCAUGAGACUCGCAAAGAGUAUUAUCUUCAUCAAUUUCUCAAAAAGCAACCCGAUCUUAACUAUCGAAAUCCCAAAGUGCGGGAGACCAUGAAGAAUGUGCUGCGCUUUUGGUUGGCCAAGGGCGUUGCCGGCUUUCGAAUUGAUGCAGUGCCGAGCGUGUUUGAGAUAGCGCCCGAUGCUGCGGGUCAGUAUCGCGACGAACCGCGCAACGAUUGGGUCAAUGAUCCCGAUGACUACGGGUAUCUGCAGCACAUCUAUACGGUGGAUCAGCCGGAGACACUGGCCAUGGUGUACGAAUGGCGUGCCGUGCUCGAUGAGUUCAAAGAUGGCGACGAGCGAAUCUUGCUUGCGGAGACCUAUUCACCCAUCGAUAUUGUGAUGCAGUACUAUGGCAAUGCAACAUCAGAGGGUGCUCAGCUGCCGUUCAACUUUCUGCUGAUAACCGAAAUCUCAAACAAGUCCAACGCGGUGGACUAUGCUCAAACCAUACAGAAGUGGAUACAGCACAUGCCGCAGGGUCGCACAGCCAACUGGGUGUUGGGCAAUCACGAUCAGUCGCGUGUGGGCUCGCGUCUUGGCGCCGAUCGCGUGGAUAUGUUGAAUAUGCUGAUCACCACAUUACCGGGCGCCAGUGUUACCUAUCAGGGCGAGGAGCUGGGCAUGACAGAUGUGUGGAUAUCAUGGAAGGACACCGUUGAUCCCUCGGCCUGCAAUACGAAUGCCAGCAUCUAUGAACAUUUCUCACGUGAUCCCGAGCGCACACCCUUCCAGUGGAGCGGCGAUGCCGAUGCCGGUUUCAGCAAUGCUAGCAAGACAUGGCUGCCCAUUGCCGGAGAUUACAAGCAGGUUAACGUGGACCAAGAGCGCCAACAGCCACUGAGCCAUCUCAAUAUCUACAAGGAUUUGCUGAAACUCAAACGAACGGAGAAAACUCUGCAACUGGGCAAUAUUGAGGUAAAGGCCUUAAGUGGAGCAGUUCUGGCCGUGAAACGCUUCCGAGAGAAUGACUUCACCUAUGUGACAUUGCUAAACAUCUUCGAUGGUUUUGAAACAGUUAAUCUGAAUCAGAGCUUAUCGGAUUUGACAGCUCAAAUGGAGGUGGUGCUGGUAUCAGGCAACUCCAAGCGUAAAGUGGAUGAUCUCAUCGAUAGCAGCUCUCUGCAGCUGCUUCCCAAGGAGUCGUUGAUUCUGAGAAGCACAUCGACUUAUUACACGUACUAUGUGAAUGGAGAACAUCGUAAGUUGCCUGUGCUGGGCAUUUAUCUGGUGUUGGCUCAAGUGGUACUCUAUCUGAACUAUUGUCAAGUUCUCGCACUCAAUCGCAGGUGGUAGUCAUUUAUAAUAAUGUGAAUACUCAUAGCCAAAUAAAUGUU